AUUUUUGGACUCAUCAAACAGAGCCUUCUUGAACACCACUUAUAUUAUUAUAAGUUCGUUCUUGUUUUAUUUGCUCCAUUAUUUCAAAUAUGCCAGUUUAUAAGAUGAAAGAAAAUAGUCUUCUUGAUCGGGUGAAUAAAGAAAAGAAUCUCAUUUGUUUUAUGGAUACACCCAUUACCUAUAAAAAGUAUAUUAAUAAAUAUAAAAACAAACUUGUUAUUAUACAUAUAUUAAUGAGAACAGAUAUAUAUAUAUAUAAAAGGAAAGACUUUGAUCUCGUUAUAGAUUAUUACCAUGUUGACGAUCUACCUGAUCAACUUCGAGAAUGGACUUUUCAAUUGGUGAAAAGCAACUUAUAUGACAUGUAAAUAAAAAUCAAAUACGCGAAAAAAAAAACUAAGGUACUGUAUAUUUCAGGUACAACAAAUCAAAUGAUGGUUGGAGUGAUCAAGGAAAAAGAAAGGAAAUGCUUACACCUCAAACUCGAUAUCUGAUUGCAAGGUCCAGUACAGAUCCAAAUGAUUUAAAAGGAUUUCUAUCCUUUCAAAUGGUACAAGAGGAAACAAUGGAUGAUGAUGUUACAGCUAAUUGUGCGUAUUGUUACGAAAUUCAAUUAAUGGAAAAUGCAAGGAAUAGAGGUUUAGGUGAAUUUUUAAUGAAUUUAUUAAGUAAAAUUGGUUCAUUCUGGAAAAUGGAUAAAGUGAUGUUAACUGUAUUUAAGGCCAAUAAAGGAGCCUUCCGUUUUUAUACAGACAAGUUAG